AUGAAUAAUUCAACACGCGCAGACGAAUGGGACACUACGGAUUUUCUGUCGACCUACACGGCUACCAUCAUCGUGGCUAGCGUAUAUUCGUUAAUUCUGCUGUUAAUUAUUGUUUUCAAUAUUCAAGCAUUGUGGUCGUUAUACAAAGCCAAAACUGAGCAUUCUACUUCCUUCAGUGUGUAUUUAGCCCAUCUCUUCGUGAUGAACGUGCUGGCCAGUGUCACCGUGGUUCCAUUGGACGUUGUGGACACUCUUCUUAGCGACAACCUAACGAUAUCACAGUGCGCAUUCGCGACAUUCGCUAACUGGGCGCUCUUCGCCGUUGUCGUUAACUCGCAUCUUCUGAUUACCAUCAACCGCUUGUGGGCGGUGCUGUGGCCGCAUAAUUACCGCGAAGUGCACUCCAUCCGUUUUGCCGGUCUGUCGUGUCUAAUUUUGUGGUUGUAUGUGUUUGUAUGGAUUCUGCCGGUGUUCACACACCGCAUCAGUCACACCGAUGAUUACCGGUGUCGCUUGGAUCUCAUGGAUUUCCCACUCAACCAGCAGACGUCAGUGUCGGUGUGGGAAGGUGCAACGUUCGUUGUGACGUUCUUUGUUCCCGUAGCCGUUGUUAUUGCCGUGUAUCCUAUCAUUGAGUACAAGCGUCGUCGUGCCAUGUUCUUGCGCGUUAGACCAGCGCCCAAGGUCGAUUCUCAGCAGCACAGCGGUGGUAGCAGCCGCCGGCGUGCCGGACACAACCCGGAUCCCCGGACAUUCCGUAUACUGAUGACGCUGACGUGCAGUCUGCUUUUCUCUUGGAUGCCGCAGUUAUGCUGGGAUUUAGUACAGUAUCAAGUGCAGUACCAAAUGGAUCCAUCGGUCUAUGCUCUGGUGGAUUUGAUUCUUAAUUUGUUCUGGACUGCGCAAGCGGUGAUCGAUCCCAUUUUGUUUAUCUUCGUCUUCCGCGUUAGGGCGCUUUAA